AUGUUUAGGAUUCUUCGUAAGCUGCUGAUGCCCAAGCCCAAAACCGCUGCUAUCCUCGGCACCAUCUUCCUCGUUUACGUCGGCACCAAGCCGGCCAUAGAAUACUCGCACGCGAGGCGGGAAACGAGCAUUGCGGAGAGACGGGUGGCCAUUGAGGAGAAGCGGCUGGAGCUGGAGCAGCAGCGCUUGGCCGAAGAGCGGAGGAGAGCGUGA